UCGCUCCCGCUGGCGAAGUUGGGGGCUCCCCGCGCGCGUCUGGUUUGCACAAGCCGUGGAGAGGAACUUUAUUUGGAGGGAGGGAAGAGGAAAACCCCUUUGUUCGAAAGCGCGCCUCCGUGUUGGGGUGAGAGAGGUGGGACCACAUGCAACUCGGGGCUUCGCUGGCUGCGCGUAAAGAGACAGACCCCAAGUUGGCAGCAAGCGACACCCGGGCGCACCCGGUUUCGCCUUUGGGAAGUGCAGGAAAUCCUCGGGGCGCCUUCGGAGUUUUCAGAAUCCUUCUGGAGUAAAGCCCGGCGUGGAAAGCAGGCGGCUUUGGGCAAAGCAGGGGCGAACGGAAGAAGAGGACGACGGCGAUGCCGGCGCUGCAGCCGCGCUCGCCUCGGUGCCGUUUCGGUGGCUGAAUCGGCGCGAGGGUUUGCGCGCAUUGCGAGCUCCUUCGCUUGUCGGAAAGGGUGGCGUGGAGAGAGAGGAGCGCGCGAAAAGGCACCCCCGCCACACUUCUUUUCUGAACUACGGUGCAACAACUACUCUAGCUAUAUUGAGUGAUGGAGACAAAUUGGAUCAUGCAGAUGGUGUUCCUCUUAGCUCAGACCUUGAUUUUUGUCACAGCGGUUCCGGAUGAGAAUGCAACCAAGGAAGGUUAUAUAAAAGGGGAUACGAACGCAACCGAAGAUAUCUAUGGAUUAAGCGUAACUGUGAAUAAAAUCAUGACAGCACAGUUUGAAUGUUACCAGAAAAUUAUGCAAACACCUUCUCAAAAGAAUGAAGGUCCUCAUUGCAAUAGGACAUGGGAUGGCUGGUUGUGCUGGGAUGAUACUGCUUUGGGGAAAACAGUCGUCCAGAACUGCCCUGAUUACUAUCAGGACUUUGACCCCUCAGAAAAAGUUUUUAAGACCUGUGAAGAAAAUGGGCAAUGGUUUGUACAUCCCGAAAGCAACAGAACAUGGACAAACUACACGCGCUGUAGUUUAGGAGUAAAUGAUAAAGUACAGACAGCUCUGAAUUUGUAUUAUCUCACUAUCAUUGGUCAUAGCCUUUCAAUAGUUUCACUUUUGAUUUCCCUUGGCAUAUUCGCCUAUUUUAAGAGCCUGAGUUGCCAGAGGAUCACUUUGCAUAAAAAUCUCUUUUUCUCUUUUGUUUUCAACUCCAUCGUUACAGUCAUUUCUCUCACAGGAGUUGCCAACAACCAACAGCUGGUUAAAGCUAAUCCAAUCACAUGCAAAGUGGCUCAGUUCUUCCAUCUUUAUUUAAUGAUCUGCAAUUACUUCUGGAUGCUCUGCGAAGGCAUUUACCUGCACACGCUCAUUGUGGUGGCUGUAUUUGCAGAAAAGCAGCACUUACUGUGGUAUUACCUUCUCGGAUGGGGAUUCCCGCUCAUUCCGGCCUGCAUCCAUGCUGUAGCAAGGAUCCUAUAUUACAAUGACAACUGCUGGAUCAGUUCAGAGACUAAUCUAUUGUACAUCGUCCAUGGUCCUAUUUGCGCUGCUCUAUUGGUGAAUCUUUUUUUCCUCUUGAACAUUGUGCGAGUGCUGAUCACCAAGCUAAAGGUCACCCACCAAGCAGAAUCCAAUCUCUACAUGAAGGCUGUCAGAGCCACCCUCAUUUUAGUGCCACUUCUGGGCAUAGAAUUUGUACUGUUUCCCUGGCGGCCCGUGGGCCCUAUCGCCGAAGAGAUUUACGACUAUGUGAUGCAUAUCCUUAUACACUAUCAGGGCUUGUUGGUGGCAACCAUUUUCUGCUUUUUUAAUGGCGAGGUCCAGUCUGUUCUGAGGAGACACUGGAAGCAACACAGGAUCCAGCUUGGGCACAGCUUUUCUCACUCAGACGCCCUUCGCUCGGCUUCCUACACAGCCUCCUCGAUUGUCGAUGGUCAAAGCUUCAGCUACAAUCGUGAGUGCUUCCUACACAACCCGCCUUCCUACACAGCCUCUACGAUGGUCGAUAGUCAAAGCUACAAUAGCGAGUGCAACUGGGAACAUACGAACGGGAAAAGCAUUUACGACACGGAAAACGUUGUUUUUAAAGCCGAAAAGCUAUACGGCUGAUUAGCAAGGACUCUUUAUUCCCACCCUCACGAUAUUUUGAGUGGAUGACUCCAGGAGCCAACAAGACAGUCCCACCCACCCUCCCACCCACACUUUUUUGGUCAGUCUUUGAACUCGGUUACUCUUGAAGGAUGCGACGGAUUUUAAUUUCUUUCUCACAUGUGGUCAUGCCUUGGCAUAUCUCAGCAUGUGAGUGCUUGCUCUUUGUUUGUACACUGGAGCUGGUCUUGCCCACCAACUGAAGUUUCAUGCUCUGACCUCUGGGAUGCCCAACCUUCGGAGAAAUACUGGCUGAAGUUUUCAUGGGGAUCAAUCAAGCCCUAGAUCUACAUAUGUGUUUUGUACAUAUAGAUAUGUGUCGGGAUAGAUAGAUGUUGCCUCUUCAGCUUCUCCCAUGUAGACAAAGUGGGCAAUUCUUUUGUAUGACGGGAACCAAGGGAAGUUUCGGUUUAUUUUCAGCGGUUUUGUAUCAUGACUGGGGGUUGUCCAAGAGGUCGUUUUGUAUGCUCAGAAGAACUUGUAAAUGCUGUAUUUAUCAUGUCGUUUCGUCUUAAGUGCAGCCAACAGAGCAACCUAAUUAAGUAUUGGAAAGGAUGCGAUGAUUGUAAAGUAUUCUACGUGUUGACUGUGCAACAUUUAACUCUGACAAAGAUAGAUAUAAAUCUGCAGUAUAGACAAUG